GCGGGUUGGAGCGCAGAGCGGAGGGGGCGCAGGCGGUGCUGGCCGCGGGCUGCGAGCAGGGGGGCUGGCGGAGCGCCUUGGGGCGCAGUGCGGGGCACCCGCGAGCCCAGGGCGAGGUGUCCAACGAACAGACGGCGUCCCUGGGAGCCUUGCCGACAGGCAGCAGGACUACAGAAUGGUACCCCUAAAUGGAGAGAGAUUACAGGGCUGAUCAGAGAGGAAGAGAAACAAGGAAGGCUUCUGAAGGAGCUCUGGACCUUCCCAGCUCCCAAAGUCAAUAUUGAGACCCCAGAUGUGUCCAGAGACAUCCUGAAGAGGCUGAGGGGCUGAGGAGCCUUAGGGCGCCCACAGGGAGAUUCCUGGAGCCGACUAGGAGCCAGUGAAUUUGCUGUUGUUUGAGCAUCCUCCGAUUCUUCCCCCACCUGAAUCCCUGUUGCUAUGGAGACCACCAAUGGGACUGAGACUUGGUAUGAGAGCCUGCACGCUGUGUUGAAGGCUCUAAAUGCCACUCUUCACAGCAACUUGCUCUGCCGGCCAGGGUCAGACAACCUGACUGAGGAGAGGCGGGCCAGCCUACCUGGCCGCGAUGACAACUCCUACAUGUACAUUCUCUUCGUCAUGUUCCUAUUUGCUGCCACUGUGGGCAGCCUCAUCCUGGGAUACACCCGCUCCCGCAAAGUGGAUAAGCGCAGUGACCCCUAUCAUGUAUACAUCAAGAACCGUGUGUCUAUGCUCUGAUGCUAAGAGGCCGGGGAUGGCAGAAGAUCAAGAUUCCUGAGGAUUAUCUUGUGGGGCCUCCAGAAUUCAGCUAUGUGUUACAUCAGGCCUCAGUGUUCUAAUCUGUAAGAUCAACAAGAAACAGUACUAAGGGAGGUCAUCACUGGGGAAGGAGGAGAGGAUCUAGCAGACCUAGGCCUUGUGGAUAAGGAUUUUUUCCAGCAAAGGUAGACUUUAUAGACAGUAGGAGCCCUUUGAACAAAUAUAUAAAAGUGGCAGGAAUUCCCUGGUGGUCCAGUGGUUAGGACUCCGGUUCUC